AUGGAAACCGAAACGCCCGAGCAAGGCGAUACUUUUGCUAUGCAAAUCGAUCCGUCUUUGAUGGAAGGAUUGCGCGAUUUGGAUCCUGACGAUCCAAACUUUCAAUCCCAAGAAGCAUUUGAGAAGCUUGCCAUGCUGAAGCUUCCUGCUGGAUGGAAGCGUAACCCCGCCAAAACUCCUCCGUAUAUUCACGAGGAUGGACGUGUCAGUUGGAAGAAUCCUGCCUGGGAGCAAAUCAUGGCAAUUGCUGCUGCCAAAACUCAACAAACUUCUAAGACUCCCGACUUGACACAAACAACCAUGCAAGAUAGUGGAUUGAUCAAAAAGUAUCGCCGCAUGAUGAGCUGCGGCAUUGCUGUCAAUGCCAUUCGCAACACUGCUCGUAUCGAUGGUAUGGAUCCUGAUGCUGUUACUCUUGCUUUGUCCACGGAUAAUCCUUUGGAACAGGAAAUCAACAAGCCAGCAGCUGCUGUCUCCUCCUUGGAUGCUCAUGAACAACGAUACUUGAAAAAGUACAAGCGCAUGCUCAAGUCUGGUGUCCCUUCCCACGGUGUUGCCACUACCAUCCGCAUGGAUGGUUUCGAACCAUCUCUUGUAAUUGACGAACAAGAGGCUUGUGUCUUGGAAUCCCCAAAGUUUGAACGCUUGCCACAAAGCACUGCCCGCAAGUCGCAUUUGACCAACAAGUACCAGAAAAUGGCCAAGGCCGGAGUAUCUACCAAAGCUAUUAAGUCGGUCAUGAUUCGCGAAGAAGGAACCGUCGAUGAAUCCCUCUUGGCUACUUUGGAUGAUGACACAAUCAACGACGAAACUCCACGCUACUUUUCUCCUACUUCAGAUGGCGGCGUUGAGUUCCACUUGGAUAAUGCUACCACUGGCAAGGAAUCCCACUUGUCCCUAUUGGUCCGCAAAAUGGCUCUCACUGUCAAACGUAGUGGAAAAAAUAGUAUCGUUCAUCAGGGCAACAAAACUAAGACUCUCAAGGUAGAAGGCAAGGAUCUUUACGACGCGUUGGGGGGUCUACGUGGAGUCCAGGUCGCUCGGGAUCUCUACAAUCGUACUUGUCAUAAUGAUUCGACCCACAAAGUAAUGUCGGAGCAAGAGAUUUGUUCCAAGCGCAAGCCAUUGCUCGAACUUUGGAGUAGCCUUGGGAUUCGAGCCCCCACUCGUCCCAAUGGCACGGUGGACAUUUCUGGUUUGGACGAUUUGGUCGAAUUCAUUGAAAAAUCCAAUGAAAACAAACUUGGAGCCAUUAAAGAAUGUGUGAAAGAUGGCAUGUGUGACUUUGACUCUCUAGGCGAAUUGUACAGGCCUGGUACUCGUGUGGUUGCCAAGCAUGUCUUUGCUUCCGGGGUCGACAUGGUUUGCGAAGUUGCCUGGAACCGAUACGAACAAGGAAAGACCUUGUUUGGAGUCACCCGUACCUUCAAGGUGUGCUUCCAAUUCCUCGUGGCAGUCGGAAAGCACUUUACUCUUUGCGAAUACGUGCAUGGAAUGGAGAACUUUGAAGGUCGUCGGUCCAUUCAGUCUUCUUUGGAUUUCGUGCCCCUCUCUUCCAUGAACAAUAAUAUAAAGGACGUUUUGGCCACCUUUCGCAAGAGAGGAGAAAAAUAUGCCAAGUGCGCUACUUCUCAAUCCUUCAUGGCGUACGAAAAAGGUUCCUUCUUUGCAAAGUCUGUUGGUCGCAAGGCUGCCUCCGCCAAUAAUUCAGCAUUGAAUACUUCUGGACGCGUCAUGGUCGAUACCCAGGGAAGCUACGAGGCUGGACAUAGUCUUGGUAUUGCUAGCAAUGAUAUGAUUAUCACCGCAAUCAAGUACAAGUACAAGGAGUAUAUGCUGCACCAGCGCAAGAUGGAACAAGAUGCAAAGAGUGGUUUGAAACAAUCCAACGACCAUAAUCUUAUAUUAUUUGAUGAUAUCCCCGAUGAUUAUUUGGAGAUGUCUUGGCCGGCUGUGAUUGGCUUUAGCUUUACCAGCAACUCGUGGGGGGAAGUUCUCGUUGACGGGUUGAGCGACAUCCAGUUCGAUGAGACCGUUUUUGACAGUUUGGUCCUCCCAGCCUCACGCAAACGCAUGGUCAAGGCUUUGGUCCGUCACAGCAGCGAUUCCUUCCAAGAUAUUAUUGCUGGCAAGGGAGAAGGCUCUGUUUUCCUCUUGUAUGGUCCUCCAGGUGUUGGAAAGACGCUUACUGCGGAGGCCAUUAGCGAGAUGCUCCACCGGCCACUUUACACUGUAUCCCUUGGACAGCUUGGUACCACUCCUUCUGAGUUGGAGACCAAGCUGGGCGAAAUUUUGGACCUCUGUCGGCGCUGGGAUGCUUUGAUUCUGCUUGAUGAAGCCGAUAUCUUUCUCGAAAAACGUACCUCUACUGGUUCCUUGGAGCGCAAUGCCAUGGUCAGCAUCAUGUUGCGCCUUGUCGAGUAUUUCAAGGGCGUCCUCUUCCUUACAAGCAAUCGAGUCGACACUUUGGAUCCUGCAUUCAAGACUCGCAUCACCUUGGGUCUCCGUUACGAACAGCUCAACUCUGAUGCUCGCCUGCAAGUUUGGAAGAACCUCCUUGGUGCUUCCGGCUACGCGGCCAAGUUGGGCGCUGACAAGGCGAUCGAUAUCGAAGAGCUUGCGAAACACCAGCUCAAUGGUCGCGAAAUCAAGAAUGCGAUUCGUCUUGCCAUGGCUCUUGCUCAGGAAGAUGACGAAGAUCUCUCCCAGAAACUCUUGCUCGAGACCAUUGAAACUUUGAAUGAUUUCAAUGAAAAGAUGAAUACUGCCGAAGCCUAUUAG